CAAGGCUGCAGAGGGUAGAGGGCAGUCAGACCAGGACCAUGGAGCUCAGUCUCCUCUUGUUCCUUGCUCUCCUACUGGGCCUCUUACUUCUGCUUUUCAAGGGCCACCCAAAGGCCCAUGGCAACCUCCCACCAGGCCCACAUCCUCUGCCCUUCCUGGGGAACAUUCUGCAGAUGAACAGAAAAGGCCUGUUCAAAUCCUUCCUGCAGUUCCGAGAGAAAUACGGAGAUGUGUUCACCGUGUACCUGGGGCCAAGGCCAGUGGUCAUGCUGUGUGGGGCAGAGACCAUACGGGAAGCCUUGGUGGACCAAGCUGAUUCUUUUUCUGGCCGGGGGAUGAUUGCUGUCGCAGAGCCUACAUUUCAGGGAUAUGGUGUGGUCUUUGCCAAUGGGGACCGCUGGAAGGCCCUUCGGAGAUUCUCUUUGGCCACCAUGAGGGACUUUGGGAUGGGAAAGCGGACUGUGGAGGAGCGGAUUCAGGAGGAGGCUCAGUGUCUGGUGGAGGAGAUAAAGAAAUCUAAGGGAGAUCUUCUGGACCCCUUGUUCUUCUUCCAGUCUGCUACUGCCAACAUCAUCUGCUCUAUUGUGUUUGGAGAACGCUUUGACUACAAAGAUCAGCAGUUCCUGAGGCUGCUGGACCUGUUCUAUCAGUCCUUUGCACUUGUCAGCUCCUUAUCCAGUCAGAUAUUUGAGCUUUUCUCCACCAUCCUGAAGUACUUUCCUGGCCCACACAGGGAAGUCUACAAAAACCUGCAGGAAGUCAACAGGUUCAUUGGCCACAGGGUAGAGAAACACCGUGAAACUCUGGACCCCAGCAACCCUAGAGACUUCAUUGAUACCUUCCUGCUCCGCAUGGACAAAGAAAAGUCUAACUCACACACCGAGUUCCACCACAAGAACCUCAUCCUGACCUCACUUUCCCUCUUCUUUGCUGGCACGGAGACCACCAGCACAACUCUCCGCUAUGGCUUCCUGUUUUUGCUCAAAUACCCCCAUGUCACAGAGAGAGUCCAAAAGGAAAUUGAACAAGUGAUUGGCUCACACCGCCAGCCAGCCUUGGAUGAUCGAUCCAAAAUGCCAUACACUGAGGCUGUCAUCUGUGAGAUUCAGAGAUUUGCGGACCUGCUCCCCAUUGGUUUGCCCCACAUGGUCACCAAAGACACCCACUUCCGAGGGUUCUUCAUCCCUAAGGGCACUGAAGUAUACCCACUCCUGUCCACUGCUCUCCAUGACCCACAUCACUUUGAAAAGCCAGAAUUCUUUAACCCUGACCACUUUCUGGAUGCUAAAGGGGCACUGAAGAAGAAUGAAGCUUUUAUUCCCUUCUCCAUGGGGAAGCGUAUCUGUCUUGGAGAAGGUGUUGCCCGUGCAGAAUUGUUUCUCUUCUUCACCACUAUCCUUCAGAACUUCUCCAUAGCGAGUCCAGUGGCUCCAGAGGAUAUUGACUUGACACCCAAGGAGCUUGGUAUUGGCAGAGUGCCCCCAACAUACCAGAUUUCCUUCCUGCCUCGCACAAUAGACUCAAGAGAGAAAUAAAGACCACAGGGUUAUUCAGUGCCCUGACUUCACGUCCUGCAUCCGAGAAACCUGUUGUAAACCAGCAUCCUUCCCCUUACCUGACUCUUUGCAAAAGUUUUUGUUAUAGGUUUGUUUCCAUACUCUUGCAGUUCUUCCAAUGUUCUGUGUUUUUUUCCUUCCUUAUGUGAAUAGAGGUUCCACAGUUAGGACUGUAUUAACAAUACUCAUGCCCUUUAUUCGGUAUAUUUAAAGAAAUAAGGUGUUAGAAGAGACAACUUGGCUCAAGAACAUUCUGAAGUUCUGCUUCCCAGGAUACAGCUCAUGCUGAGUGAGUUUGUCCUUGCCCAGAACAGUCACUUUGCAUUUGUCAACUCCUUGUACUCUGUGAGGUUCUAUGUAGAAAAUUCCCCUCUCAAUAGCCCCAGGUGAUGGGUGCAGGGGUCAUGCCCAUUCUAUGGAUGAAUAACAGAGGUCAGGGAAUGACAACAGCUACCUGAGAUCACGAUGCCAUGAGUGGAGAAGCAGAUUCAUACUGGAAAUCUAAAAUGCUUCAUGACAGCUUUGUUGAAAAUCAAAUUCACAUAACAUGAAAUGGCCCAUUCUAAAGAAUACAUUUCAGUGCUGCUAUCUAGUUCAUUAACGAGAUUGUACCUACAUUGCUAUCUAGUUUCAGACAUUAUUUCUCACUUUCCCCAAAGCCACGUACUUAUUAAUUAGCCACUCACUGAUCUCCUAACCCCAGCCCCUGCAAAUACCAAUCUGAUUUCUGUCUCACUGUAUUUCCUUCUGGUCUUCUGGAUAUUUCAUAUAAAGCUAUACAAAAUGUGA